GUACGACAGACCUAUUAUUAAUAACUGAAGAGGAGACCCAUAAGACAGAAUUUAGCCUAAAGCAGGGCUCGAACUCGCGUCUGAGAGUGAAAAACGUUCACCCGGCAUCAGGCCCCAGCGAGGAUCGAACUCGCGACCCCUGGUUUACAAGACCAGUGCUCUAACCACUGAGCUAUGGAGCCUGUUCCGUUAAAAUCAGCUGUGCAAAAAGAAUUUGAAGCUGUCAAACCUGAUACCGAAAUGCUGACGUAGUUCAUACACAAGAGAACUUCACUAACCCCUGACUGACUUAUCGUUUCACAGUACAGUCUCUGUAACUUUCCUCGCCAGAAUGGCAGUUUUCCGUGUCUUUUUAAGCUGGACUGCUCAGGCGCUUUUAGUUCUUCUCUUUCUGGUUUUCAUCGCUUUUCUCGGGUAUUGUCUGUAUAUUAAAUACAUUCAUAUGAAAUAUGACCACAUACCUGGGCCACCGAGAAACAGCUUUUUCUUCGGACAUUCACCAACGUUUUUGAGGAUAAUGAAAAAUGGAGGAAAUAUACACGAUCAAUUUCUGGAAUGGUCCGAGACUUACGGAGCUGUUUACAGGAUAAAUGCUCUGCAUUUCGUUUUAAUCGGCACUACCUGUCCAGCCACGACCAAGGAAAUCUUGAUGUCCCCAAAGUACCCCAAAGAUAAAUUUCUCUACAAGCGACUCUUCAGCUUGUUUGGUCAAAGGUUCUUAGGCAAUGGCCUGGUAACAGCACUGGACCAUGAGCAGUGGUAUAAACAACGCCGGAUCAUGGACCCCGCCUUCAGCAGCUUGUAUCUGAGAGGUCUAAUGGGCACCUUCAAUGAGACGGCAGAGAAACUGAUGAGUAAACUUUCAGAGAUUGCUGAUGAAAAAACAGAGGCCAAAAUGCUCAAACUUGUCAACUGUGUCACCCUAGAUGUUAUUACCAAGGUUGCUUUUGGUGUGGAUUUAGAACUGCUGAAGAAUAAUAAUGAUUCACUUUUCCCUAAAGCCAUUGAGACGUGUCUGAAAGGGAUGGUGCACUAUGUCCGAGACAACUUAUUUGAGUUCAACCCAAAGAACAGACCGUUUAUUAAUGAAGUGAAGGAAGCGUGCCACCUGCUGCGCACAACUGGAGCUCAGUGGAUCCAGGAAAGGAAGACUGCCAUGCAAAACGGCGAUGACGUCCCCAAGGACAUUCUCACACAAAUCAUCAAAACUGCUGGCAAAGAGGAAAGCAUGACUAAAGAAGAUGAAGAGUUAAUGUUGGACAAUUUUGUGACCUUCUUCAUUGCUGGGCAAGAAACAACAGCUAAUCAACUCGCUUUUUGCAUCAUGGAACUUGCAAGACACCCGGAUAUACUGGAGAAAGUGAAGAAAGAGGUGGAUGAUGUCAUUGGGAUGAAACAUGACAUAACCUAUGACGAUCUUGGGAAACUGAUUUACCUCACACAGGUGCUAAAAGAGACCCUGAGGAUUUACCCGACAGCUCCAGGCACGUCUCGUGAUGUACAUGAAGACCUCAUCAUUGAUGGUAUCCGGAUACCUGGAGGAUUCACCUGUUUUCUGAGCUCCUACGUGACUGGGAGAAUGGACAAAUUCUUCAAGGACCCGCUAACAUUUGAUCCAGACCGAUUUCACCCAGAUGCUCCCAAGCCUUAUUUCUGUUACUACCCCUUUGCCCUUGGCCCACGCUCAUGCCUGGGACAGAACUUUGCUCAGAUGGAGGCUAAAGUGGUAAUGGCCAAGUUGCUCCAGAGGUUCGACUUCACCCUGAUUCCAGGACAGACCUUUGGCAUCCUGGACACUGCCACUCUCAGGCCAGACGGUGGGGUGGUGUGCUUGGUCAAACACAGAAAUCACACACAAUAAAAUAAUAAAGAUAAUAAAAUAAAUGGUCAUAUAGUACCACAAAAUGAGAAGAAACUGUAACAGUACCUGUGGUGAAAUUAGGUUGUUGGUUUCUUUAUUCUAGCUUAAUGUUUGCAGCACUGUACUUCUGUCCUUUGUAAAGAAAAUAGUCUGUGCAAUACAUGUUUUAAAGGAAUACACAAUAUAUUCAAAUGAAAUUAUGACGAUUAUGAAUUUAAACUUGCAGCUCUUUAGCUCUCUGUGAUUUCUCUUCUAUACUCACUGAGCCAAGAAACCUGUUUUGUGUCUUUAACACUUAUAUUAAAAUGCUGUUUAUCCUAUUUUUACACAAAUGAAAAAAAAACUGAUUAAAAUGUAUCAACUAUCAUAGGCACUUUUACUGAUGCAGAGGAACUUUUAUACUGUGUUUGUUUUGCACUUUAAUAUGAUGAUGAUUAAUAUAAUGCCUAAAAGACUUGAUUUUAUUUCUUGCUCAGUGUGCAGUGCAGUGAUUCUUAUCUACUCAACCUGUUGUGUUUUUUGUGUAUUACUGACAGUGUACACAGGGUGGCGCUAUGACUUUGUAAAGAAAUCUCCAAGGCACCUGUUAAAUUACUGCUGUUUUGAGGAUCAAAAGUUGUUAUUCACCUCAGCAUUCUUGAUCAUAUCAGGCAUCAUAUUCUGUUGUAAGAAAAGGAUAUUAAGAGGUGAAUUUAUGGGGUUUUCCUUUUGAAACAAUUAGUACAAUUAGAAGUUUACAAAUACAUGUCUAACUGUAAGAGUUUAUGAAUAUGAAAAGCCAAAUAUAGCACUCUAAACUGCAUUAAUGUGUGUUUUAUAAAUGUAAUAAUGGAAUGUUUUAAAGAUAAAUGUCCUAACUAUAAUCUAAUGCACUUUAAAUAUUAAUUUGAAUGAUUAAAUACAAUUUUUCCAGUG